AUGAGCUCGUUCGAGGACGUAGAGCUCAUCGCACAGUGGAUCCGCGAGCGGAUUACGCUGCCUGGGUACCAGCCCAAGGCGUGGACGUCCGCGGACCUGGCGACAGUCAAGGAGUUUGCAGAGGGCACAGGGGUCCCAGCGCUGUUUGUGACCAUACAGAACGAGUUACUCGUGGUCAUGACGACGGCCCCGCGAUAUUUCAGCAGCGUCAUGUACUUUGUCAAGAAUGGACAGACGCUCGUGACACCCGCCAACAUCAAGGACGCGCUGCAGUACGGGACGGUCGAGAAGGACGCCAUCUCGUCGCUGUUGCAUCUCAUGAACGGCUAUUAUCUGCAGAGACUGCAGGCCAACAAAUCGUGGCCCGAGAGUGUGCAGAAAGAGUUCACAGGUCAGUUCUUCCGCUUCAUGUCGAGUCUCACAGAGACCGUGAGUCGCGGCUGUGGCAAGACUGUGCUCUAUCUGCCUCCAGUGAACUCGGACAAGUUCAACCACAAGGACAAAGAUCUCGUGCAGCAGUUAGAGUCCACUGUGAUCCACUGGACACGGCAGAUUAAAGAAGUAAUUAACAACCAGGACAACGCACACGACGCAGAAGGCGCAGGUCCGCUCGAGGAGAUCAAGUUCUGGGAGCAUCGGACGCAGGAUCUUUCGGGUAUUACCGACCAAUUGAAUCGCGACGGAGUCAAGGAGAUCGUGGAGAUUCUACGAGCUGCCAAGUCGUCGUACUUGCAGCCAUUCGAGACGCUGUCGCAGAUCAUUAAACAAGGAUCCACCGAGGCGAACGACAACCUUCGCUUCCUGCAGAAACUCAGUCCUGUGUGUGAAGACAUCGCACGAGCAGAGCCCGAUGAGAUCCCGUUGCUAUUACCGAAGCUGCUUAACUUCAUCCGACUUAUAUGGAUGUACUCGCGUCACUACAACACGGAGGACCGGAUCACGAGCUUGCUACGUAAGGUGAGCAACGAGAUUAUUAUCGUCUGCUGUAAGAAGAUUUCGCUGCCAGACGUGUUCGAUGGCAAUGUUGAGGCCAGCAUUCACCAUCUCGAGCAGAGCAUUCAGUGCGGGGUAUCGUGGAAGCAGAUCUACCGCAAAGCCUCUCAUGCUGUUAAUACUACGGCGCCAUCUCCUGAUCGUCGAUGGAAUUUUGACGAAACAGGUAUUUUCGCGCAGAUAGACGCGUUUGUGCAGCGCUGCAGAGAGUUGCUGGAAGUGUGUGAAGGUCAAAUCCAGUUUGCGCGUAAGGGCAAAGAUGGGAAGCGCGAAGAUCUUCCUACAUUUGGAGGCAAUCGUGGCAUGGACAUUGUGAAGAGUUUACGGGGAAUCGAGGCUCAGUUUGAAGGUCACGUCGAUCGACUGCGUCAACUGGAUUAUGAUAUUCUUGAUGUCAAGAACACCAGUUGGCACAGCGACUUCAAUUCAUUCAAGAAUGGAAUGAAAGAUCUCGAGGCGAUGACGCAGAACGUUAUUAACGGAGCCUUCGAGAGCGUAUCAACAGUCGCUGCUGGUGUCGACAUGAUUGGCUCUUUCCAAAAGAUCGCUCAGCGAGAGGCGAUAAAACGCUGCGUGGAGAAGCGUACGAUCGACAUUUUUGGCAUGUUCAAGACGAAUAUCGCGUCCAUUCGAAACCUGUUUGAGAAGAACAAGAACGCGCCGCUAUUGUCGCCCACAGAGCCUCAAUUUGCAGGUGCAGCGCUUUGGGCACGAAGCCUGCUGCUGCGUGCAACUGACGACCUUGUGCGUCUGCAAGAACUAGUCGACCCUUCCAAUGCAGCGGAAUGUGACGAAUCACAGAACGCCUAUGACGGCCUACGCUUGGUGAUCAAUGAGUACAUCCAGCGCAAGUAUCACGACUGGAUUGAAGAUUUGAACACAUUGGGCAACUCGAAUAUUAAUUCUCGACUGGAGAACCCGUUGAUGACGAAGACGGGGGCGGAUACUGACGCCGCGCCUGCUAGCGUGAACUUGAACUCCCACAACAAGGACUCCAACGCACUGCAAAAUACGGAGAAGACGCUAAUUGGACGGGCCAAGAAAGGGUUUCUUCACUGCAACUUCGACCGUCCGUUGCUCAACUUGUUCGCGGAGGUUCACUAUUGGCAGUAUUUCAAUGGCGAAAUCCAAAUCCCGUACAUGGCGCACGAUAUCUGCAACCAGAAAGAACAACUGCGAGUGCUGCGUGAACACGUGAUGCUGGUAGUUCGCGACUACAAUCGCAUUUUGCUAGACCUAUCGUCGACUGAGCGGCGACUGUUUGAAGAUAUCAUUCGCAAGCUUGAUCGCCGCAUUCAACCAGGACUUCAAAAGCUCACGUGGGUGUCCAAAGGAAUUGUCGAGUGGUAUGUUGCAGACUGCCGCAAACACUGUGAAACGACGUACAAGAUUGUUCAGGAAUUCCAAGAGAACAAGGAUAUUGUGAUGAAGAAUUGCAAGAUGAUCAGCGGCUUGAUGCACAUCUUCAUCGAGCGUAACACUAUCUACGACGACGGCGUGUUCGAAGCGAAGCAGGUGAUUCAUCGAAAGACAAUCGAAAAGCAGUUGCGAGAGGCAUACCAGACGAUUAGCUCUACGAUGACUGCGACCUACGAACACUUUGCAUCGGGACCUCCCGAAGUUCAGAGAGAGUGGAAUCGAUUUGUGGAGCGCUCGGAUAAAAUGCUGGAGGAUGCGCUUCGUCAGUCUGUAAAGAAGUCUCUUCAAGAGCUCUCGAAAGCUAUCAAUGGUGAUGCCAAGACUGACCCGCGGCCUCUCUUCCGGAUCCACGUUGUUCUCGAAGACAACAAGGUGGAGUUCAAGCCGUUUAUGGCUGACCUCACGCAAAUGGUAAACACUGUGGCCAAGGAGAUUUUCAACGUCAUUUCUGUCGUUCCUCGUUUGGUGGCGUCACUCCCUCAACGCCACGGCAACAGCCAGGCCAAUGCUGACAACCUGACCGCCAAUGGGGCUCCUGCCGGCGGGAAAACUAAUUCCAAGGGUGGAGAGGAGGUGCGUGCUCCUGUCACGGCAAGUGGAGAGCCUAUCGGUAAUCGGGAUGAGGCACUUUCAGCUGUGGAUCCACCGGAAAAGGUGGAAGCCCCGCCGGUUGUAAACAACUUCUAUCAGUCCAUUUUCAAUGACGAGGAGAUUCUCAAAGUACUCGUGCACAUCAUGAAUGGCAUGUCGUCUAGUGCAACCGAGUUGCAGAAGUACUUGGGCUACUGGGACAAGUACAAGCUCGUGUGGAACCAAGACAAGCAAGCGUUCAUUCGUCGUUAUGCGAAGGCAAACCGGCCGCUGCAGCAGUUCCGCGCAGAUAUUGAGCGUUAUCGAGAACAACAAGUCAGUAUUCAGAACGAAGAUCUUACCAACACCAUCAACUUCAUCCAGAUUGACACCAACUUUCUCAAGGCCAGUCUAGUGGAGCACACGGUGCAGUGGAUCGGCAAGCUUACGGGUCUGCUGAACCAGACGGCACACAGCGAGUUGAAAGAGCUUAUGAACAUGAUGAAGGACAACACCCAGAAACUCCAGAUCAAGCCACUGAAUUUGGAUCAUCUGAGUGAAAGUAUCCAUCUCCUACAAGACAUCAAGGAAGGUAUGCCUGGAGUCGUGGCUCGCUUCGAGCCUUUGCAACACAAGUAUGAUUUGCUGGCGGAAUUCGACGUGCAGACUACAGACGAGGAGCAGCGUGACCUCGCCAACCUGAAAUCCAACUGGGAAACGUACGAGGCGAUGCUGGUGGACGCCAACACGAUGCUGCAAAAGUGCAAAGUGAGCAUGAAGCAAAGUCUGCAGGAUUCUGUGGCCGAUUUGAACAACAUCAUGUCAGAAUUACGCACUGAAGCAGAGGCGACACUGCCGUAUUCUGGCGAACAGCAGUCUAAAGCUGCUCAUCAGAUUCUUGCCGAAUUCGAGAAGAAGAUGGUGGCAACGCGCUCCCGCCAGAGCGCUCUGAAGAAAGGGCUUGAGAUCUUCGGCAUCGAAGAGUCCAAGAACGACGGAUUUGUUCAAACCGAGAAGGAGCUGGAGCUACUCCAGCAGAUCUGGGCUCUUACUGACGAGUGGGAAAUUGUGUGGGCUUCGUGGAAGAACAAAGUGUUCUAUGAGAUCGAAGUGGGGACGAUGGAGUCGACUGCUGCUCAGUUCUUCAAGAAGGUGGUCAAGUACGGAAAAGAUAUGAAGAACUGGGCUGUGUGGAGCUCGAUGAAGACCAAGAUUGAACAGUUCAGACAGACUCUACCCUUAAUCCAAGACCUCAAGAGCCCAGCACUUCGAGCGCGUCAUUGGGCGCAACUGAAGGAGGAGAUGGGGAAGACGUUCGACACAGAAUCUACGAGCUUCACACUAGAGCGCGUGUUCUCUCUUGGAUUUCACUUGCAUGCUGAGUUCAUCAGCACAUUGUCGAGUAAUGCUGGCAAAGAGCUGUCGAUUGAGCAAACGCUUGAUGCUAUCGAGAAGCGCUGGGCUACGAUCGACGUCGACAUCACUGAAUACAAGAGCGUGUACUAUAAAAUCCGAUCUGCAGACGAUUUAUUCACGGCUCUCGAGGAUGAUCAAGUGCAACUAUCAACUAUGAAGGCUUCGCCGUUCUUCGGGUCGUUCGAUACGCGGAUUUUGUAUUGGGAGAAAUCUCUUUCGCAUUUAUCCGACGUCAUUGAGACGCUUCUUGGUGUGCAGCGCUGUUGGAUUUAUCUGGAGAGCAUCUUCAUGGCAUCCGAGGAUAUCCGCAAGCAGUUGCCGUUGGAAAGUCAACUAUUUGAUGAGGUUAACAGUGCGUAUUGCAAGGUAACAGAAGGGAUGGCCAAGACAAAGAACGCGCUGCAAGCUACACAGGAAGCAGGAGUAUUGGAAACGCUAGUGACAAUGCAAGAGAAGCUGGACCAGAUUCAAAAGUGUCUGGAUCAAUAUUUGGAGACGAAGCGAAUGCUCUUCCCGCGGUUCUACUUCCUCUCAAACGAUGAUCUGCUUGAGAUUCUAGGCCACCAGAAGGACCCGGAUCAAGUGCAGAAACACAUUAAGAAGUGCUUUGAGGCCAUCAAGACUUUGAACCUGAUCCCACCUGGUGCACGUGGAAAUACAACCUUCGAAGCUCUAGGAAUGAACUCGCCGUGUGGAGAGCAAGUGAUGUUUGCGUCGAACGUGGUGGUCGCUGGCGCAGUGGAAGGGUGGUUACUGCGGAUUGAGGCUGCAAUGAUCAAUACGUUGGAGAAGAUUUUUGCGCAAUGUAUCGUUGGUUACAAGGGCAAGAAGGAGAAGUGGAUUAAGGAUUUUCCUGGCCAACUACUGAUCACGUGUGGCCAAACCGCUUGGACAAAUGAAUGCAUCAAGGCACUGAAUGAGGUGGCGAAAGGAGAGAAGAAGGCCUUGAGACAACUCAAGAAGAAGUGGGUUUCUUAUCUGAACAAGCUCGCAGACAUGGUGCGUGGCCAGCUCUCAGCGACCGAUCGUCGUAAAGUCGUAGCUGUUAUCACAAUUGAGAUCCACUCGCGAGACGUUAUCGAUCGCCUGGUCAAGCAGAACUGCAAGAGUGUGAAUGAUUUCGACUGGCUGAUGCAGCUACGCUUCUACUUUAACAAGGAUUUAGGCGAAUCGGGCAUUUGCGAGGUCAAGCAGACGGUCACAUCGUUGCAGUACUCGUACGAGUACCAGGGCAACAACGGACGUCUAGUGAUCACUCCGCUGACAGACCGAUGCGUUCUCACCAUGACCACAGCGCUACAUCUAAACAGAGGUGGCAACCCGCUGGGUCCUGCCGGAACGGGGAAAACAGAGACGGUGAAGGACUUGGGCAAGAACCUGGCGAAGUACGUGAUUGUCUUUAACUGCAGUGAUGGGUUGGACUACAAGUCGGUUGGUCGUAUGUUUGCUGGUCUCGUCCAGUCUGGCGGCUGGGGGUGCUUCGAUGAGUUCAACCGUAUCGAGAUCGAGGUGCUGUCUGUCGUGGCUCAGCAAGUCUUGACCAUCAUGCAGGCUCUCACAGCCAGGAGUACGCAGGUGAUGUUCCUUGGCUCAAUGAUGCGGGUCAACUUUAACAUGGGCAUCUUCAUCACGAUGAACCCGGGUUAUGCUGGACGUACUGAGCUCCCGGACAAUCUCAAGGCUCUGAUGCGACCAUGCGCCAUGAUGGUGCCUGAUCUAGCGCUGAUUGCUGAAGUGAUGCUCCAAGCUGAAGGAUUCCGUGAUGCUAAAGUUCUGGCGAAGAAGACGACGACGUUGUAUGGACUGAUGAUCCAGCAAUUGAGCAAGCAGGAUCACUAUGACUUUGGCCUACGUAGCUUGAAGGCUGUGCUGAACAUGGCAGGCACUUUGAAGCGCGAGGAUCCAAAUCUGCAGGAGGAAAACAUUUUAUUGCGUGCGCUUCGUGACAUGAACAUGCCCAAGUUUAUUCGGGAAGACGCAUUGCUUUUCCGCUUGUUACUGGGAGAUCUCUUCCCGUCCAUUGAACUCCCUGUAACAGAUUACGGCAAACUACAGGGUAACAUCGAGCAGGCAUUGCUAGAGACGAAUCUACAAGUGCAUCCGGUGAUCGUGUUCAAGACGAUCCAGCUGUACGAGUCUCAGGUGACUCGCCAUUGUAACAUGAUCGUGGGUCAGACCAUGGCAGGAAAAACGACGAUCUGGAAAACUCUGAUGGCCGCCAAGACAUCGCUAGCGAAAGACGGCGUGUUUGGCUAUAUGCCUGUCCGCGUACAGGUGCUGAAUCCCAAGUCUAUUUCGUUGAACGAGAUUUACGGCGUGUACGAUCUCGCAACGUUUGAGUGGAUCGACGGUAUUUUGUCCGCAAUCUUCCGAAACUUGGCAGCGGAUGAGAAAGCGGAAGAGAAGUGGAUUAUGCUCGAUGGACCAGUUGAUACGCUGUGGAUUGAGAGCAUGAACAGUGUCAUGGAUGACAACAAAGUGCUUACGCUGAUCAACGGCGAUCGAAUCAGUAUGAGCCCGUCGAUGGCUCUCAUGUUUGAGGUCCAGGAUCUAGCGGUGGCUUCCCCUGCUACUGUAAGUCGUGCCGGUAUGGUGUACAUGGAUGUUGAAGACUUGGGUUGGCGUCCGUUUAUCGAGACGUGGCUGGCGACGACCAUUAAUAUUCAAGAAGAACGCGACGUGCUGCAAGUCUUGUUUGAUAAGUAUAUGGAGAAGGUGUUGCGCUUUAAAACUUCCGAGGUGACAGAACUCAUCCCAGUGACGACUUUCAACAGCGUAAAGUCGUUUUGUAACCUGUAUAACGCACUCGCUACUGCUGAUAAUGGCGUGGAUUUGGCUGCGUGUGGAGAUAAAUUCGCUGUCACAGUUGAGAAGUGGUUCCUGUUCUGCAUGACGUGGAGUGUGAUGGCCGCUGCAAACGAGGAAGGACGCAAGAAGUUCGACUUCUUCUUGCGUGAUAUUGACUCUGUGUAUCCUCCUCUCAAAACUGCCUACGACUUCUUUGUGGAGCCGUCGAGUCGUGAAUUUAAGCUUUGGGACGAGAAGCUGCCUCCGAACUUUCGCAUCGCUCCAAACACACCGUUCCACAAGAUCAUGGUGCCCACGAUCGACACGUUGCGGUAUGGUUACUUGCUUCAGACUAUGCUCACGGCUGGUAUCCACACUCUGCUGGUCGGCGAGACUGGCGUGGGGAAGACAACUAUCAUUGAGCGAGAAAUUGAGGCGCUCAGCGACGCAUACAACGUGCUCGUGAUGAACUUUUCGUCAGCUACGUCGUCUGCAACAACACAGGAUAUGAUCGAGAACGUCAUGGAGAAACGCUCGCUGAAUCGGUUUGGCCCCGUGGGCGGCAGGAAGCUGGUUACAUUUAUCGACGACAUGAACAUGCCAACGAAGGACUUGUUUGGAUCUCAGCCCCCACUGGAACUGCUGCGACAAUGGGUCGACUACAGCUGCUGGUAUGACCGCAAGAAACAGACACUCAAGUACUUUAUCGACAUGCAGUUCGUGACCGCGAUGGGACCUCCAGGUGGUGGGCGAUCGGUCAUCAGCUCUCGCUUUCAAAGUCGAUUCAAUCUCAUCAACAUGACGAUCCCUGAACAAGCUCAGCUGAAGCGUAUAUUCGAGACCAUGCUCGUGCCCAAACUGGCCGAGUUCGAUGACGAAAUCAAGCCUCUAGGAGUUCCUCUGGUCGCCGCGACUAUCCAACUGUAUCAGAAUGUGCUGGAGCAGUUUUUACCAACUCCAGCGAACUGCCACUACCUCUUCAACUUGCGCGAUAUGGCUCGAGUGAUCCAAGGCCUUCUGCUCUCAGACAAGCACACAGUAGCAAGCCGGGACGGUAUGCUGCGGCUGUGGAUGCACGAAAGCCUCCGGGUGUUCUCUGACCGUCUUACUAGUAACGAAGAUCGACAGUCUUUCAAGAGGAAGCUCGAUGACUUGCUUGGCGUUCACUUCCAGACCGACUGGGGCCGAUUGCUGUCUUCAGCGCCAGAACAACUCAAGGAAAAUGGACCUCUGUUCACGUAUAUCUUCUCCACUACCCCAGGAUCUGAUGAAGGCAGCGCACGGUACGCGGAAGUUAUGGACAUGAAGAUGCUGAAGAGUUUUGUGGAAGAACAGCUGGAGAACCACAACGCUGAGCCAGGGUUUGUGCCCAUGAAUCUCGUCAUGUUCAGCGACGCACUCAUGCACAUUCUACGUAUCCAUCGCCAGCUAAUGACGAUGCAUGGCAAUCUCCUUCUUGUUGGUGUUGGAGGCAGCGGUCGACAGUCAUUGACGAAGCUUGCCGCGUUUAUGGGCGGCUUCAAGGUGUUCCAGAUCGAAGUAGGCAAAAACUACCGCAGCUUCGAGCUCCAUGAGGACAUCAAGAAGUUGUACACUCAAGUGGGACUGCAGCAACAGAAGACGGUCUUCCUGUUCAGCGACACGCAAAUCAAAAGCGAGUCGUUUGUCGAGGAUCUCAACAAUAUCCUGAGUAGUGGUGAGAUCCCUGGACUCUUCGAAAAGGACGAACAAGCCGGUAUCUUGGAUGGUGUUCGACUGCGAGCACGUGCUCAGGGAAUACGAGAAACCAAGGAAUCUCUCUGGAACUUCUUCAUCAGCGAGGUGCGUCGCAAUCUCCAUGUUGUGCUAGCCUUCAGUCCCAUCGGGAAAGGCUUCUGCAAUCGCUGUCGUCAGUUCCCGUCCCUUGUGAACAACACCAACAUCGACUGGCUCAAUGAGUGGCCUCUGGAUGCUCUCCAGGAGGUCGGAAUGAAGUUUCUCGAAGAGAAGAACGUUGCUCUAGAAGCCCAGCGUCCCAAGAUCGCCGCUGUGUUCGCUGUCGUACACAGCAGCGUGAUGCUGGCAUCUUCCCAAGUACUGGCUCGUAUGAAGUGCCACAACUACGUGACACCUACCAACUACUUGUCGCUCGUCACGGGAUAUGUGGAGCUUCUAUCCGAGAAGGCAGCAACGAUCCGUGACACACGUGACAAGCUCAAGAACGGUCUGGCGAAGCUGGAAGAAUCCCGACUGCAAGUGGAAGAGAUGUCUAAACAACUCGAGCAACGUAAGAUCGUGGUGGCUCAGAAGAAUAAGGACUGCAGUGACUUGCUGGUGGUUAUCGUAUCCGAGCGUCGUGUGGCUGACGAGCAGCGGAAGCAGGUGGAAGCUGACAGCGAACGCAUCGGCAAGGAGGAGACGGAAACCAAGAAGAUCGCCGACGACGCUCAAAAAGACUUGGACGAGGCUCUUCCUGCACUACAACGCGCUAUGCAAGAAGUGGAAAACCUGGACAAAAAGGCUAUUGCAGAGGUGAAAGUGUACACGCAACCGCCCGAAGCGGUGUCCAUGGUCAUGUGUGCAGUGAUGAUCCUCUUCGGCUUGCCGCCCACGUGGGCUUCAGCCAAGACCAAGAUGAACGAUGUGAGCUUCCUGCAGCAGAUCAAGACGUUCGACAAGGAUUCAAUCCGUGACAAGACGGUGACAGCUCUCAAGAAGUACACGUCCAAACCAACGUUUAAUUCCGAUGUGGUGAGGAAGGUGUCUUCAGCCGCUGGAGCGUUAUGCUCAUGGGUUCUAGCGAUGGAAUGCUACUCUGGCGUCUUCCGUGUCGUGGCGCCUAAGAAAGAGGUGCUGCGGAAAUCACAACAAGCGCUUGCCAUUAAGCAGAAGGAUCUGCAACUUGCGAAGGAAAAGCUUCGGGAGGUCACGGAGAAAGUCGAGGCUUUGAAGAACCAGUACGAUACCAGCGUGUCGGAGAAAAACGCACUACGUGAAGAGGCUGAGCUGCUGGAAUUGAAGCUCUCCCGUGCUGAACAACUGGUCAAAGGACUUGCCGGAGAACGAGAACGCUGGGAAGCCUCCAUUGCUGACAAGAACGCAAGUCUUCAGAACGUCGUGGGAGAUGCACUUGUUGCCGCUGCUUUCAUAUCGUACGCUGGCCCUUUUGAUACCUUCUACCGUGGUUCGCUCGUGGAUACGUGGAUGAACCGUGUGACUCAGCAAGCUCUUCCGCUGUCGCCGAAGUUCACGUUCAUCGACUUCUUAGCAGACCCGACGGAUGUGCGGAGCUGGAAUGCUCACGGUCUACCGCGUGACCCGCUCUCUACUGAGAAUGGCGUGAUCACGACGAGAGGCAAGCGAUGGCCACUAAUGAUUGAUCCUCAAUGUCAGGCUAACAAGUGGAUCAAGGCGAUGGAGGGGACGCGUCUUGAAGUUGUGGACCCCAUGAUGAAGGAUCUGUUACGAAAAUUGGAGAAUGGAAUUCGCUUCGGCUCCCCCGUGUUAAUGCAGGACAUUCUGGAGGAGCUAGACCCUAGUUUGGAGCCGGUACUCACCAAGAGUAUUAUCAAGGUCGGAAACCGCGAGGUACUUCGAUUAGGAGACAAGGAGCUGGACUACAACCGAGAAUUCCGCUUCUAUCUCACGACGAAGCUGCAAAACCCUCACUACACUCCAGAAGUGUCCACGAAGACGACGAUUGUGAACUUUGUCGUAAAGGAGCAGGGACUGGAGGCUCAGUUACUGGGUAUUGCGGUUCAGCUCGAAGAACCAGCGCUGGAGGAGCAGAAAUCGGAUCUCGUCAUGCGUGUGGCGGCAGCGAAAAAAAAACUCAUCGACCUUGAGAACGAAAUCUUGCGUCUUCUAUCGGCUGCGAAGGGAUCUCUACUAGACGAUGAGCAGCUUGUGACGACGCUGAAUGCGUCAAAGACAACAUCCGAAGAGGUUUCUAUGCAGCUGGUUAUCAGCGAAGAGACGGAGAAGAAGAUUGACGCGGCUCGAAUGGGAUAUGCGCGAGUGGCUCUGCGCUCAUCGACGCUUUAUUUCGUGCUGAACGACAUGACUAGCGUCGACCCCAUGUACCAGUUCUCAUUGGAUGCGUACGUAGCACUCUUCCAGGACUCCAUCAUCAAGAGUCGAAGUCUCAAGAAUCAAGGAGCGCUCAGCGAGGAGCUCACGGAGCGAAUUAACGCCAUCAACGACUACCACACGUACGCAGUGUAUGCCUACGCUUGUCGUGGACUGUUCGAGCGCCACAAGCUCCUGUUCUCGUUGCAGAUGUGUGCUCGUGUUCUCCAGAGCGUCAACAAACUCCCUCACGACGAGUACGACUUCUUACUUAAAGGUGGAAACGUUCUGGCCCAAGAAGAAAAGGUGCCUAAUGUCGCGAAUGAGUUCCUGUCUGAUGGCUCGUGGGCGAGUAUUGUGGAGCUAAACAAGUUGUCCGCUUUCCACGGCAUCAUCAGCUCUUUCGAGCAGACGCUGAAAGGAUGGAAGGCAUGGUAUCAGAGCAGCACGCCGGAAAUCGAGGCGCUUCCUGGAGACUGGGAGGGCAAGUGCAACGAGUUACAGAGAAUGUUACUGCUGCGUUGCGUCCGUCCUGAUCGUCUCAGUAUCCAGGCUGCUCGGUUCACGGCUACACAUCUCGGAGCUCAGUUCGUGGACCCACCUCCGUUCGACCUCAAGGCGAUCUACGACACGUCCAACUACAAGACGCCACUCAUCUUCGUGCUGUCUCCUGGCGUGGACCCAACCAACUCGCUCAUUGCGUUAGCUGAAUCUCUGCAUAAGACGGUGGAGAACUGCGCUCUUGGACAAGGUCAGGCCAGUGUAGCUGAGGCCAUGCUGGCACGCGGAUUUGACGCCGGCAACUGGGUCUUCCUCGCGAAUUGCCACUUGAUGCUCAGCUGGGCGCCGACGUUAGAGAAGCUGAUUGACAACUUCUGUGCUGCCGCCCCAACGCCUGCUGGUCCCAUUAACCCGCAGUUCCGGUUGUGGCUUACAAGCAGUCCGAACCCGAAAUUCCCCAUCGCGAUCUUGCAGCGUGGCAUCAAGAUGACGACAGAACCACCGCGUGGCCUGAAGGCCAACUUGAUACGCUUGUACAACACCAUCUCACCUGAGAAGUUCACACGAUGUCGACAGGUGAAGAAGUACAAGCGACUGCUGUUCUGCUUGUGCUGGUUCCACUCGCUGCUGCUCGAGCGUCGGAAAUUCAACAAUCUGGGCUGGAAUAUCCCGUACGACUUCAACGAGUCCGACUUUGCGAUCAGCGAGGACGUGCUGGCCAUUUAUCUGGAUGAAUACGAAGAUACGCCGUGGGAUGCACUCAAGUAUCUUAUCGCCCAAGCGAAUUACGGUGGCCGCGUGACAGACGACUGGGACCGUCGACUGAUGCUCGUGUAUAUCUCGCAGUUCUUCUCGGAGACCGCGCUCACGGUGGACAACAUGCCGCUGUCUGACUCGGAGUAUUAUUUCGUUCCAGAUGAUGGCGACUUAUCCUCACACACAGAGUACAUUCGACAGCUGCCACUGGAUGAUCCUCCUGCUGCCUUUGGGCAGCAUCCCAACGCCCAGAUCGCGUCUCAGAUCGAUGAUGGACGAGAACUGUUGGCUACAAUUCUCUCAAUACAAGCACUAGACGUUGCUGAAGGAGGCAGUGGCAACGACGACACCGUGUUGGGACUCUUACAGACACUGAGAGAGACUGUACCGGAUGUGUUCGAUCUUGUCAACAUCAAGGCAGGUCUUAGUGCGCGGAGUGAUCCAGAUGCGCUUAAGACUGUUCUGAUGCAGGAACUGGAGCGAUACAACAAGCUGCUGGCAACUAUCAACUCGUCAGCGCGUGCAUUGGAGAAAGGAAUUCAAGGAUCUGUCGUUAUCACUCCAGAACUCGAAGCUGUGUACAAUGCGGUGCUGAUCGGCGCUGUGCCCAAAGCCUGGAGCUUCUGUUACCCGUCACUCAAGCCGUUGGGUCCUUGGACUAAAGACUUGAAACUCCGCUGUGAACAAAUGGAUCGAUGGGCCAACCAAGCGCAGCCUGCUGUCUUCUGGCUCACAGGCUUCACUUACCCGACUGGAUUCCUCACGGCACUUCUACAGACUGCAGCUCGUAAGAACGGGCUGGCGAUCGACUCGUUAAACUGGGAAUUCAUCGUUUUGAACCAAGGCGAGAAUGCGCUACCCACAGGCCCCAAAGAUGGUGCUUAUAUCAAAGGACUGAUACUGGAAGGUGCGCGUUGGGACUUUGAUCACGAUUGCCUUACCGAACCUCACCCGAUGGAGUUGCAUUGUGGGAUGCCAAUCCUACACUUCCGUCCCGUGGAAGCCAAGAAGAAGUCUGCCAAGGGCUUGUACAGCUGUCCGUUAUAUAUGUACCCACUGCGUACAGGAACACGCGAGCGUCCGUCGUUCAUGAUUGCUGUGGAUCUCAAGGUGGGACCUGGCAAGACUCCUGAUCUCUGGACGAAGCGUGGCACAGCACUAUUGCUCUCACUCAGCACACAAGACAAGGUAUGA